AUGGGAGGGAGAUUGUCCGUCGGUAAAAAUGAACAUGUCGUCAUAAUCGGCGGUGGCUUUGGAGGGAUCGCAGCAGCGAAGCAACUGUCAAACUACAGGAUCCCGUACACACUCAUUGACAUAAAGUACGCCUUCCAUCACAACAUGGGUGCACUGAGAGCAUCGGUACAGGAAGGGUUUGCAAAGAAAACAUUCAUAUCAUAUGACCAGACAUUCAAAGAGAACUUCAAACAAGGUAAAGUCAGUGAUAUUGAUCUGGAAGGCCAGAACGUUAUAAUGGAGAAUGGAGAGGUCAUACAUUAUACACAUCUUAUUCUGGCAACUGGAAGCACAGGUCCAUUCCCUGGGAAAUUAAUUGAACCGAUUAGUAGAGAAACUGCCAUCCAGAUGUAUGAAGAUUUGGUACAGGAGAUUCAGAAAGCUGAAACCAUUGUUGUGGUUGGAGGUGGGCUUGCUGGCGUGGAGUUGGCAGCAGAGAUCAAAACCGACUAUCCCAACAAAGAGGUAACAUUAAUUCAUUCCACUUACGUUCUGGGCGACUCUGAGGUUUUACCCAGUGUUAGGCGAGGAGUAAAAGAUAUUCUUGUGAAUAAAGGGGCCCACCUUUUAUUAGGACAUAAAGUCAAUAACCUGUCAGAACUAGAUCUGAAUAAGGCCCUGAAAGACAUUAGAGUGCUAACAAACAAAGGGCACGAGAUCAUAGCAGACAUGGUUAUCUGUUGUACUGGAAUAAAGAUUAAUUCUUCCGCAUAUGUCAACGCCCUCCAAGGCAACCUCACUGAACACGAUGCAAUACUAGUGGAUGAACAUCUGAACGUGAAGGGGAUGAAGACUGUUUUUGCCAUAGGAGACUGUGCACACGUGAAUGAACAUAAAUCGGCUUAUACUGCUGAGUUCCAAGCCAUUGCAUGCGUGAAAAAUAUCAUCCAUAACAUUAAACAUGAGCCCAUGGAAUUGUACAAACCAGGCGCUCCGUACAUGAUGGUGACAAUGGGUCGGAAUGACGGCGUCGGCCAGAUGUGUGGCUGCAACGUUGGGAAGUUAAUCGUGACAUACGUCAAAAGCAAGGAUCUACUGGUUAAAACGAGCUGGAAAAAAAUGGGCCAGAAGAUGCCGUCCUGA